AUUGGUCGUGAGGUUACCUCAGUCAAGUGGGAUCUGAUUACGUCAGGGUGGCAUCAAAUGGGACCAAAUUUUCUUCUUCCUUCAGUCCGCUGGCAUGAGGAUCAACCCCUCGGCUUCGGGGGUAGGGGCUAGGCAGAGGGCAUGGGCCGGUGGGUCAGACUCGGAUGCAUGUCGACAUGGCAUCAACACGGUCCCCUGCCUAGCCUUGCCUUCCCCACACGAACCAUGACGACGACCACGACCGCAACUGCGGAGCUUGCGACUCCACGGGAUGAAAACUCGACUAUGAACGCGACCGCGACGACCGCCAAGGGGGAUGAGACCUCGUCGUCCGGUUUGGACGCGUCCGCCGUGCUACCGCCGCCCAGACCGACGCGCGGGCUGGGUUUCUGGAUGAUCUUCCUCUCGCUGUGUGUGUGCGGGUUUCUCACCGCCAUAGAGAUGGGCUCCGUCUCCCCGGCCCUCCCGACGAUCAUCGAAGAUCUUCACGGGACCCAGUUCAUAUGGGUCGGCUCGGCUUACGCGCUCGGCGCGACGGCGUUGAUCCCGCUGAGUGGGGGGCUCGCGCAGGCGCGUCGUCUCGUUCCUGUGCCACUUCUCGCGGUCCUGACGCCGCGCCACACCAGUGCGGUGUGCGGUGCAGCACAAAACAUGGGGAUGAUGAUCGCUGCGGUACAAGGUUUAGGCGGAGGGGGAAUCGUGUCGGUCACGCAGAUCAUUGUGGGGGAUCUGGUGCCGCUGCGUGAGCGGGGGAUGUUCAACGGGAUCAUUUCGAUGGCGUAUGCGUUCGGUGUUGGAGUCGGACCGGUCACAGGAGGAGGUUUGGCGUCGCUGGGGCAGUGGCGGUGGUUGUUCUACCUCAAUCUCCCUGUCGCUGGAAUCGCCGGAAUUCUUGCGCUCGUGUUCGUCCGGCUCAAGACUCCCUCCGGAACUCUGCGAGAGAAGCUCUGUCGGAUCGAUUAUGCUGGGAAUGUGCUCGUGGUUGGUGCCACCACUUCGGCGGUUCUCGCCUUGACGUGGGGCGGGAUCCAAUUCGGAUGGGGCUCGGCGCAGGUUCUCGCCCCACUUAUCCUGGGUUUAGUUGGUCUUGUUGCGUUCAUGGUAUACGAGACAUUCGUCGCAUCUAAUCCGCUGGUCCCAUUCGACGUGGUAUCCACUAUGACCGGGUUCAGCGGCCACGCGCAGAAUUUUUUGACGUGGCUCGUUCUGAUGACCCUGACAUAUUACACCCAAGUUUACUACCAAGCAUGCUACGACGUCUCCCCCAUUGCAGCCGGCGUGAACGGCCUCCCGCUCGCCAUCGUCCCUGCGCCGAUGGGCCUCAUCGCAGGCGUCAUCACCCAGAAGCGCGGCUCGUUCCGCCUGCCAAUUUGGAUCGGCUGGGUGCUCAUCGUCGUCGGGACCGCCAUGAUGGCCACGCUCGACGAGGCGUCCGCCCGGGCCAAAGCGAUCGGAUUUACAGUCAUCCCAGGGACGGGGAUCGGCAUUCUGAUCUUGAUGGCGUAUUUCCCCGUGUUAGCCCCGAUCAAGGUCGAGAAGAACGCGCAGGCCGUCGCGUUUUUCGUAUUUUUGAGGAAUUUCUCGCUGGUUUGGGGCGUCACUGCGGGAGGCAGCAUUCUGCAGAACCAGCUCCAGCGACACCUCCCCGCGGCCUUCCUAGCACAGUUCCCUCCAGGCUCGGAAAUCGCAUAUUCAAUCAUCCCUGUCAUCAAGACCCUCCCAGAGCCGCUAAAGACCCAGGUCCGCGCUGCAUUCGCAAAAUCGCUGCAGACAGUGUGGUGGGCGACGACGGGGAUUGCGGGGCUCGGGCUCCUGUGCAGCCUGUUGAUGAAGUCGUAUCCGCUGCAUACGGCCGUGGAUCGGGAUUGGGGGAUGGAGGGUGCACAGAGCGGAAGAGAUGUGGAGAAGGAUGCUACUGUGCCUGUUGCAGAAUGAUAAUGACGAUUACGUAUACCGAAAGAACGAUUCACGCUGUCAGUGUAAUGCUAUCGAUUUGUUUUCUUGUUGUAUCAUCACAGAAACGAGAGACCGGCUGUUUAGAC